UAUUAUGUCAAAUCCAAGUCAAAACAAAAUCCAAUCAGGGUUUUGUUUGGUUUGAAAUAAAUAUUCAAUAUUGUAUCGUUACAACAAUAGAGUAUAGAAUUGAAAGCGAAACGUCGACGUUUGACUUUAGUGUUGAUAACGACCGAUAAACCCUGUAUCGCGUGUUAUCAUCACAGUUACGCCCAGUUCACACCAAGUUUUCGUACUCACCGGCUGAAAUAAAAACUUAUAAUGGAAAUUAAAUUUUCUGAAAUCCCUGUAGACACAAAACUUGCACAGGAAUAUUUACAGAAGAAUGAAGAAUGGACAGAACUGUUAAAUAGUUUCAAUGAGACUGUAAAAAAAUAUAGUCCAUAUAUCUAUGAUGGAAAAGCUUUUGACAAAAACUCUAGCAGCUACAGAUUUGAUGGCAAGCAGUAUGAUAAAGUAGGAAGCAAAGAUGAAACCCCAUAUAAAAGUGAUGAAAACGCUCUGAGAAAUUUGGCAUCUAGCCUAAAACAAAAUGCUUCUUUAAUUGCACAACUUGAAUAUAAAGUUAGAAACAAACCGAUAGCAGACACAAAUGAGCAAUUGAACCUUCUUGUCCAAAACCUCAGGAGUCGGUCACCAGCUGUGAUUAAUAACAAAGAUUUAAGUAGCCACGUGAGAUUUUUGUCCAAAGACCCAUUGCUUGUGUUUGGAUGCGUAGUGGAUAUGAUAUGCCACUCAGGAUACUCAAACACACUCAUUAGCGAGUGUAAGGAAACUGCACCAAUAUGCCAACUUUUUGUAAAACUAUGCUAUGAAGCUGGGUUCAAGGACAUUAUAGUGGUAUUCGGAGGUCAUCUAUUCAGUGAAGUUCCUGAAUAUUGGUCAAGAAAAGGAGAAAUCAGAGGUCUGGACUCUGGUACUUUAGCUGUUGUGGCUGAAGAUGCAGAUGUGGACUCUGCUGUUGAUAAAUUUUUAGCAACUUCUAAGCAGGCUCCAUGGCGUCUUCGAAAGAUCCUGGUGCAGGAAUCAGUUUACAAGAAUUUUAAAGACGCUCUCCGCUGGAAAUGCAAUUUACACAAAAGUGGAAGCGAGCCUCCCCAAUCCAGUGUAUUGUGCUCUGAAAGCCUGAGCUACGGCGGCAGGAUGUUCCUGAUAGACCCCGUGGUGCCGACAGAGGAGCAGCCGGGAGUGGUGCCUGUGGAGGCGUACAGGACCGCGAAGGAGAUGAUAUCCCUCGUGCAGCAGGACCGCACGCGCUACUUGUCGCUCUGGGCAAACGGCGUCGCGGAGGUCAACGAGGUCACUCACGCCACCCGCGCCCCCGUGCUCUGGGUCAACUCCAUAGCUGACUUCAGAGGACCUCCGCAAGUCUCCGAAGCCGUUUAUUCGCACAUUUUUGACCAAGAGCUAUCAAUAAAAAAAGAUGCUCAAAUCGCUAAACUUAUCAAUCUUUCACAGUCGUGGUCGAAAUUGGACUUAAACAGUCGUCGCGACGUUUUGAAUGGAGUCUUGGACAUAGUGAUCGAGAAAUAUGAUCCGACUAGUUUUACAAAAGAUGUAAAGUACGCCCUGACUGACUGCACGAUGAAAUCUUUCUUUGAUGUGGGACAAGAUUAUGUGUGUAUGGGUAUAUCGCAGGCUCUGGGUAUUUUGGGAGUAUAUUUUGAAGGUAAUGCUAUCACCUUGGAAAACAUGAAGUCACUUCUGAGAGGUAAUGCCUUGAUCCUUUAUGAUAGAAGAGCGAAUAACGUAUCUUUGGAGGAAUUUGAAAACGCAGGCGUACCUUACAUUUAUGUUGGAAAACAUGAAGAAGGAGAUUUUAAAGUAAUAAGAUCUAGUUUAUCUGACACAAGGACUCGUGUGGUUUGGUCCAACAUGGGAACGAUUUUUGCAAACUAAAUAAGUUCGUUUUUAUGAUAUAAAUGUUAAAGAAUGAAUGGAAAGAACAAUAUGUAAUUAUAUAAAUAAUAUAUUUUUGAUAUUAAAGAGAUUUAUUCUUGUAUAAGUUUAAAUAAAUAUUUUUAUCAAUUUUUUAUACA